UAUAAAAUUGAGGUUUCCGAACUGGCAUAUGCAAUCCAGCAAGUAAUCAUUCGUGAUGGAAAUCUUUGACCACAAUACUCAUUGUUUAUGUUCCCUUUCUUCCUCUUUUUUUUAUUUAUUUUUUUCCCUCCCUCCAAGCGUAAUUAUUAUCGAUAUGGCAUGAAUACCACCGGUACCGCGGAGAGAGCUGGUGUUAAAAUUUACUGUUUGAUUUAGUAGGUCCUUCGACGUCAUCGGCAGCAGGGCCCCACGUGCCAGUUCAUGAAACUGUUGUUUCCGCUUGUCACUCGCACUUUCACCAUCCUUCCAUUUCUAGAUGUGGUGAGCAGGACUACUUCUGAACACCUGCCAUUAAUCACCCGGUCCCUUCCCUCUACGUGUCCCAGGGCUUGGAGGAUUUUUCAGCUGAGAGAAAACCCUCUCCGCAGCAAACUUUGAGUAUCGCUGCCGUACCCUCCUUCCUUAUAUUGCGUCUUUUUCUGCGCGAUCCCAUUUACGUUUCCUUUACCUUGUUCUUCUCUUUUCGUCCGAUUUCUGUCCAACGGGGAUUCUACGAUGGGGCACAACAUGGACGAAACACACAAGAGACCCAAGGGUAUCCUGAAGAACCCUAGCUCUCAAAGCAUUCAAACAACACAUGAUACUUUGGCCCCACGGGCCCCCUCUACAGAACCCAUGGAUACGAAGGAGCUCACCCUGCAAAAUACCCUACAAAACGCCGGGCGUCGCCGCUCCUCGUCUACCACACGUCCUGGGACCGCUUCUCGACGCCAAUCGGUGGCUAGUGUCCAAAAUGAUGAGAACUCGCCGCGGUUGAAAUGGGACGAGGCAAAUCUUUACCUGACUGAACAGGAGAAAACAGCUAAGAUGAAGAUCGACGAACCCAAAACACCGUAUGCGCCGCACUAUGAUCCAAGCCAGGAUGAGGAAGAAAUGGAGCUUGCAGAAGCUGAAGACAGCCUGAUCGACGCGCAAGGGGUGGUUGUGGACGAACUUGACAAGACGACCAAAGACCCUCGGAUAGCAGUCGCUGAAGAUGAGAUCCCCGAUCUAGAACUAGGAGAGCCGGAGGAAUCGAUCCCUGAUCGUGCUGGGGCCCAAGAUAGCGAUCGCAUCGUACGCGCGCGGAGUCUGAGCAAUGAGUCGCACCGGAGUGACAAGCAUGUGGUUAUGGGGGCCAACCAGCCCAAUGGCGAGGCUGGCCCCGAUGCGGAUCACUUGUUGAGUCCCGAGGAGGCCCAGGAGAAGCAUCGCCAAUUUGAGCAGCAGAGGAAGAAGCAUUACGAGAUGCGGAAUAUCAAAGAACUUCUUGCCCAUUCCGUAGACCUAGAGGAAAUGGACGAGGAUGAAGACGAGAGUGCGAGCAAGAACUCUACCCCUGCUGUUCCGCCGCCGAUGCCCCAAAUUCCCCAGAAGUUCUUAAGGGAAGGGAAGUAGUGGCUACAUUUUCCUGCUGGCAUUAUUUUCGAUCAGUGCGAAACUGUACCCGUUUUAUUUUAUUUAUAUAUUUUUUUUUUCCAUCUUUACCUCACACUUAUGCUACUUUUGUAUAUUUGUAUAUUCCCC